GUGGACUGGAGAGGGCGGGGGACUAGGGGCCGGGAGGAUCGGCUAGGCUAGAAGCGCAGAAACCCCGGGUAGCAGGACAAGGGGAAAGGGAGGGGGGCCGGGGACCUGGGGCCCUCGGAUGCAGAGGGGGUGCAGCAGGCCAGGUUUGGAACAAACAGAGCACCAAGCGGUGAGCUGGGGCGUCUGGGAGGAGAGGUGAGGGCGAAGGCGCAGAGGAGAAGGGGGGGGGGCAGGGAAGGCUGAGCAGGUAGGGAGGCCGCAGACCAAGAGGUAGCCUUGGGGCCGAGCAGGAGACCCCCAGAAGCAUUCAGGAGGCACUGCAAGAGGGGACUCCAGACUCCGCAGGAAUAAGGGGAUUUGGGCUGUCAGAGAGGGAGGCAGCGGCCAGGGCUGGGGGCGGGUGCGGGUGCGGGGAGCAGGAAUUGGGGUGGACCGAGGCCCGAGGCGUGUGAGAAGGGAGGGAGAGGGUUGGUUGGGCUGGUGGGUGACCUGCGAAUGUCCCCACCAUCUCUCCUGCGCCCCCUGCCCAGUCCCCGCCUAACACCCCACCCCCAGCCUCAGGGCUCAAAAAGGGGCGGGAGUGCAGUCGGCCCCCCUUUCCCCAGUUAUAUGUGCAAGAAGGCCUCGGGAGGCAGGCACAGCUCCCUGUCUAUAGAUCUGUCUGUAGGUCUGUCUGGGUCCCAGCGUCUGGUGAGUUGUGUGUGCGCUGUGGGUGUGUCACGGUGUUUAUGUCUGCCUGCUCCGGAGUUGUGUUUACCUCGCCUAUGUGUAAGGCAGGGCUUUGCAUCCUGAGGUCUGUGUGUCUGUCCAGCUGGGGGGCCUGUCGGGGAGUGGGAUCCAGACCUGGAGCUAUGUCUUGCCAGAGGGUGUGUUUGGGGCUCUCUAUACCUUUGUCAGGGGGGUGGGACUCUCUCUGUACACACAUCUGCUCAUCUGGGGUCUGAGGGUCGGGAUUCAGGGGUUCAGGGCCUCUAUCUGUUUUUCUGAGGACCCGAGUCAUGUCUCUGUCCCUUUCUCUCUUUCUGUUCCCGUUCUCUCUCUCUCUUUCAUUCCUGCCCCACUGCCACCAUCUCCACCUCCCAUUUUUCUUUUCUUUUUUUAAAUUCCCACCUCCACCCUACCCCCCCCCUCACCAAGUGGAUCCGGGACCCAGGGAGGGCCGCCCCCCGGGCCUGGUGGUGCUGAGCAGGGCCCUCCAGCCCCCACCUCCUGCCCCACGACAUGAACCUCCUCUACCGAAAAACCAAGCUGGAGUGGAGGCAGCACAAGGAGGAGGAGGCCAAGAGGAGCACCAGUAAGGAGGUGUCUCCGGCGGGCCCCGCUGUGGGGGCAGGCCCGGGGCCGGGGGUUCGAGUGCGGGACAUCGCCUCGCUACGCCGCUCGCUCAGGAUGGGCUUCAUGACCAUGCCCGCCUCCCAGGAGCACGCCCCGCACCCCUGCCGCAGCGCCAUGGCCCCGCGCUCGCUCUCCUGCCACUCGGUGGGCAGCAUGGACAGCGUGGGGGGCGGGCCGGGCCGGGCUGGCGGGGGGAUCCCGGAGGACCACGGUUCCCGAAGACCCCCCGCCAAACCCCGGAGACACCCCAGCACCAAGCUCAGCAUGGCGGGGCCCGGCGCUGAGACACCUCCCAGCAAGAAAGCAGGCUCCCAGAAGCCAGCUCCUGAAGGCCGAGAGUCCAGCCGGAAGGUUCCUCCUCAGAAACCCAGGCGCAGCCCUAACACCCAGCUCUCCAUCUCCUUUGAUGAGUCGUGCCCCCCAGCCCCUUCUCUUCGAGGGGGGAACCUGCCCCUGCAGCGCUCCAGCAGGGGGUCCUGCAUGGCUGGGGACCCUGAGGCAGGCGCCCAGGAAGAGGAGCCCGUCUACAUCGAGAUGGUGGGCGAUGUCUUCAGAGGAGGCGGGCGAAGUGGGGGGACUCUGGCCGGACCCCCUCUCGGGAGUGGGAUCCCCACUCCUCCGGCCGGCGCCGGCACCGCCGAUUCGGACUCAGAGGAGAGCGAGGCCAUCUAUGAGGAGAUGAAGUACCCACUGGCCGAGGAGGCCACCGACGGCCGGCCCCUCAUGAUGGCUGCCCCCUUGUCACACCAGCCCCCCGGCCUGCAGCCCCAUGCCCAUCGCCGCCCCGUGUCAGCCCUCCCGGGCCGGAGGGACACGACACCCACCAAGACCACCCCUUGUGACAUCCCCCCACCCUUCCCCAACCUCCUGCAGCACAGGCCACCGCUGUUGGCCUUCCCCCAGGCCAAGGCCACCUCCCGGGCCCCCAGUGAUGCCAUGUCCAGGCUGCCCGUACUCUGUCACCCCAAGGAGCCCACCGCCGGGCCCUGCACCCCAGCUCCCCAAGUGCCUGCCCGGGAGCGGGAGACACCACCUCCUGCUGCCAACCUGCUGCUGCUGGGACCCUCGGGCCGGGCCCGCAGCCACUCCACGCCGCUGCCACCCCAGGGCUCGGGCCCAGUGCAUGGGGAGCGUGAACUCCCCAACUCCCACAGCAUGAUCUGCCCUAAGGCAGGGGCGCCGACCGCCCUGCUCCCUGGGCCCCCCAAGGACAAGGCCGUGUCCUACACCAUGGUGUACUCGGCACUCAAGGUGACCACGCACUCAGUGCUGGCCGCCGGCCCACCCCUGGGCACCGGGGAGCCCAAGACGGAAAAGGAGAUUGCGGUCCUCCACAGCAUGCUGUGUGCCAGUGCCAGGCCCCCUGUGCCUGGCAAGGCCAGCCCCCACGCUGCUGCCGGGGUGCUACACCACCGAGGCUGCCUGGCCUCCCCCCACGGCCUUGCGGACCCCACGGCGGGCCCCCUCGCCCCCCUCUGGACCUACCCUGCCACCACUGCUGGGCUCAAGAGACCCCCUGCCUACGAGAGCCUCAAGGCUGGGGGGGUGCUGAAUAAGGGCUGCGCGGUGGGAGCCCCCACCCCCAUGGUCAAGAUCCAGCUGCAGGAGCAGGGGACUGAUGGGGGGGGCUUUGCCAGCAUCUCCUGCUCCCAUGUCAUCACCAGCGCGAGAGGCACACCUGAGGAGGAGGAAGAGGAGGUGGGGGCCACGGCCUUCGGGGCAGGCUGGGCUAUGCAGAGGAAGGUCCUAUAUGGAGGGCGGAAGCCGAGAGAGCUGGACACAGAGGUGGAUGAUGGUGCCCGGGGCUGGAACAGCGGUGCUGAGGGACUGGGCAAGGUGGAGCGUGAGGACCGAAGCCCCUCGGCAUCGGGGAUCCCCGUGAGGAGCCAGGGGGCCGAGGGCCUGCUGGCCAGGAUCCACCAUGGAGGGGAGCGAGGCGGGGGUCGCACGGCACUGCCUGUCCCCUGCCAGACCUUUCCUGCCUGCCACCGAAAUGGAGACUUCACCGGAGGCUACCGCCUGGGGCGCUCAGCCUCCACCUCUGGAGUCCGGCAGGCCAUGCUCCCCACCCCCCGACCCUGCAGCCAGCCCAGGGAUGCUGCAAGUCAGGCCAACCCCGCACUGCCGCCGCCACUGCCCCUGCCGCCCCCAGCCCCGGCCUCAGCCCCAGCCCCAGCCCGCGAUGGCAAGCUGCUGGAGGUGAUCGAGCGCAAGCGCUGCGUGUGCAAGGAGAUCAAGGCGCGCCAGCGGCCAGAGCGCGGGCUCUGCAAGCAGGAGAGCAUGCCCAUCCUCCCCAGCUGGCGCCGCGGGCCCGAGCCCCGCAAGGCUGGCACCCCGCCCUGCCGCCGGCAGCACACGGUCCUCUGGGACACUGCCAUCUGAGGGGGCGGCCGGCUCCCGGACACUCAAGGACCAGGACCAGGAGGGGAAGCGGCGCCCCCUACCCUUCCCCUUCCCCCCAGACAGGCAGGGAGUGGUCGGACCCCGCGGGUCUGGGGUGCCAGCAGCACCCCUAGGAAUGUGAGGGGGGCAGCAGAGAGUUGGUUGGAAGUUAGGGGUGAAGCCCUCUUGCCUCUUUGCCCACUGAGCCCGGCUGACCCCUCCUCCUGGGGGGCAAAGUCGAGGUCAGCAUGGGGGUGGGGCGAGGGAGGGGUGGAGGAAGGAGGGGGGUCACAGGGAGGAGAGAGGCCGAGGGCCAGAGGGAGAGGGGCUCUUUGAUAGAGUCGGGCAGGGGAGGGGGGCUUAUUUUGUUAUUUAUUUGCGUCUGGAGGGUAUUCUGGGCCCUGCUCUCUAAUCCCCCCCAAGCAGGGUGAGGGCCAUCGGAGGGUAUUCAGAGGGAGCCAGGUUUGCACUGUCCCCCAAAACCCAAGUCUCUACCAUCCACCACCCCCUGCCCUCCCCCCAGACUGGGGAUCACCCCAAAACUGGGGCUGAGUUUGGUGGGGGAAGUAGAGCAGGAGAAGUGGGGAGCAGACCCCUGGAUGUAGGGACCUGGCCCCAGUGAUGGGCUGGCUGAGGGGGAAGGAGGGGCAUUCUAGUGGGUGGGGGGUGGUGGUGGACAGGGUAUUUAUUUAAAUUAAAAAAAAAUCAAAAGAGAUGUCAGGAACUUUUUUUUAAUUCCUUUCUUUUCAGAAUAAUAUAUUAAAAGACUAACACUCCUA